AAAGCUAUAUAACAAUUCUUUCCAGAAUAACUCUCGUUGGGUACGUACAUAUCGGUAAAUCAGCUGAUUGUGACAUUUGAAACCUUGAAUGGAAAUAAUAAUAUGUUUGUGUUCAUUCAUCCAUUCGCACUUUAAACAAAAACAAUUGUACUUGCUAUGAAAGAUGAAUUCUAGUUCUGUUAUGGCAGGCAAUAUUUCCAAGGCGGGAUCUGAUUUGCAACAGCUGCCACAACAACAGCAGUUAUAUGUUGAAACUUAUUCGGUGUAUGUGGUGACAUGGAAUGUAGGCACCCGUUUUCCGGAUAACAUCUCAUUGCGUUCGCUUUUGGGUCUUCAAGGUGUCGAUGAUCCGAACACACAAGAUUUGCCCGACAUUUACGCUAUUGGUUUGCAGGAGGUUAACGUUCAACCACAACAGCAGAUGCUUGGUCUAUUUAAGGAGGAUCCUUGGACACACAAAAUAAAAAAAAUACUUCGUGACUACGACUAUGUGGUAAUUAAAUCAGAACAAAUGCAAGGGUUAUUACUUUCUCUGUUUGUGCGCCGUGUUCAUGUGAAACAUAUGCGGGACAUAGAACCGGAAUUCACCCGUACCGGUUUUGGUGGAAUGUGGGGCAAUAAAGGCGCAGUGAGUAUUCGAUUCUCUUUGUAUGGUUGCGCAAUUACGUUUGUAGUCGCACAUUUGGCUGCGCACGAUAAACAUUUGGAUGAGCGCAUCGAGGACUAUGAACAAAUUAUGGAAAACCAUCACUACCAUGUACCACACUAUCGCGAAAUCUACGACCACGACUAUGUUUUUUGGUUUGGAGACUUAAAUUUCCGUUUGAUGGGCGACGAUAGUCCUGCUGAUGUUCUAGCUGCUAUUAAAAAUGAGAAGCUAUCUGAACUUAUUGAACGCGAUCAAUUGCUGCAUGUACGCACUAAAUUGCAAAAAGCAUUUCAUUUAAUGCAUGAGCGUUUGCCAGCUUUUCCACCGACAUUUAAAUUUCAUGAAGGAACUUCGAAUUAUGAUUUAAAACGCCGACCUGCAUGGACCGAUCGUAUAUUAUAUGCUCUACAACCGCUCAAUAAACGUCCAGAUGAGAGACUGGCCAUCGAACAAAGAUCAUACAAAUCGUUUCCCGCAUAUAACAUUAGUGACCAUAAGCCAGUGAGCAGCGAAUUCAGCGUAAAACUUUAUCCGAACUACCGAGCACCUUGUGUCAACUUUAAAGAGAUCGCAGAAUGGCAGAUUGGUGAAGAAAAUACUGUCGAAUAUGUAAAGCCAAAUGACUUCGAAGAACGUAAUCACGACUGGAUUGGUGUUUAUCGUGAGGACUUCGCGAGUUUAAAUGAAUAUAUCGGUUAUGAAUAUGUGAAUCAAGCCGAGUCACCACCAUCGUCACCCGAUUCACCAGUAGAUCCUUUCUUUGAAUCACCUCCUCAACGUUCGCGUCGCCACCAUCACCGCAAUCAUGAGCGUUUGCGUCGCCAACAGUUACAGGACGAAGAAGACAUCCGACUCGACUUCUCAGAUGACAUAAAUAUGCGAGAUGGCGAGCGUUAUUUGCUAAUAUAUUUCCAAAACACUGGCAUGCGGGGCGUAACCAGUAUAGCUGGUAUGAGUAACAUUUUUCGUGCAAUUGUGCCCAGAGGCAAUGCUAAUUAAUAUUUUAACUUAGCUAAUAUGUAAUUUGUUUAUAUUUCGUGACUUAUUUAAAUACGUUUUAGUUUUUAUUAUACCAAGGCGAAAGACAUGUACAUAGAUUAAUC